UUAAAUUACCAAAGUGUUUGUUUGAGCAUAACUUGCCAAGAAGUCCCGUUAUACCGGUUUGGAGCUUCUUUUUGUGAUUUGUUGUUUUUAUCAUUGCCUGCCUCUUCGAUUCAGUGAAAGGCGUCGCUGGUUAAAUUUUCUACAGAUUGAAAGCCAUCUGGUCUCCGAGCGAAGAAUGAACCGUGUUGAGUUCUUAUUUGCUAUGCUUUCUGCACCGUGUAGCAUUAUUACCUCGUUCUGAAAGCAAGUGAAUUGUUUGUCCAAGUGUGUGGCUGCAUUGGGGCACAAUUGCCAGCUCAUCAUAUUGAAAAGGGGUGCAGCUCGGAGAUGAGGAGAAACGUACGUACGCUGAUAAAGUACUUGUUUGUAUCAGGAGGAGCGUUGUUGUUUAUUACAUUGCUAAUCCGUUCAUUUAGCGACAAUGCUAAAAAUACUCUGGAUGGGGUGUUUGGGCCGGAAGCACAAAUGCAGAAGGAAUCACACGCAAGAGAAGGAUCCUUCUUCAACAAUCCAUCUAAGAAUGUGCAUCAGAAGCGGAUCGAUUGGCAUAACUAUGAUCUCAUCCAUGAAGAAGCCAAGCGGAGCGGUAUCGGGGAACAUGGAAAAGCAGGCCAGCUUGAUAAAAGCGAACAUGAGAUGAAGGAUAAACUAUUCAAAAAGAAUGGAUUCAAUGCAGUAUUAAGCGAUAAAAUUUCUCUUAAUAGAUCGCUUCCCGAUAUACGGCAUCGGGGAUGCCGAAAAAAACAGUACUUGAGUGAACUUCCCACUGUAAGUGUCGUCGUUCCAUUCUACAACGAACAUUGGAGUACUCUGUUACGGACUGCUUCCAGUGUCUUGCUGCGGUCGCCUCCGGAGCUCAUCGCUGAAAUUAUCCUCGUUGAUGACUGUAGCACAAAGGAGUUCCUGAAGCAACAGCUGGAUGAAUACGUCACCGAAAAUAUGCCAAAAGUGAAAGUAGUAAGAUUGCCAGAACGCUCAGGGUUAAUUACUGCUCGACUGGCUGGUGCUAAAAUUGCUACAGCUGAUGUGCUUAUUUUCCUGGAUUCCCACACGGAAGCCAACGUGAAUUGGUUGCCUCCAUUGCUGGAACCUAUUGCCGAAGACUAUCGCACAUGUGUCUGUCCUUUCAUCGAUGUAAUCGAUUGGGAUACGUUCGAGUACCGAGCGCAGGACGAAGGAGCCAGAGGUGCGUUCGAUUGGAAAUUUUUCUACAAGCGUCUACCACUUUUGCCGAGAGAUUUGCAAAAUCCCACUGAACCAUUCGAAAGUCCAGUAAUGGCCGGCGGACUGUUUGCAAUAAGUGCAAAAUUUUUCUGGGAAAUCGGAGGCUACGAUGAGGGCCUGGACAUCUGGGGUGGAGAACAGUAUGAGCUGAGUUUUAAAAUAUGGCAAUGUGGUGGCAAGAUGUACGAUGCUCCAUGCUCGCGCGUCGGUCACAUAUAUCGCGGAUACGCUCCGUUCGGCAAUCCGCGCAAGAAAGAUUUCCUCACGCGAAACUACAAACGUGUGGCCGAAGUCUGGAUGGACGAAUACAAGGAAUAUCUGUACAUGCGCGAUCGCAAGAAAUAUGAAAAUACGGACGUAGGAGAUAUUUCACGACAGCUGGCGAUACGCGAGAAACUGCAGUGCAAACCAUUCAAAUGGUUUAUGACCCAAGUGGCCUUCGAUCUGAUUGAGAAGUAUCCCCCAAUAGAGCCACCAGACUUUGCGAACGGCGCCAUACAGAGCGUCGCCAAUGCAGCCCUCUGCGUGGAUACGUUAAAUCAUGGCGAAAAACAAACAAUUGGGUUGUACUCUUGCGCUGAGGACAAAAAACAACCACAGCCGAAUCAGUUUUUCCAACUAUCCUGGCAUCGCGAUCUACGUAUCAAGUUCGGUGAGCUUUGCUGGGACGUAUCGGAGAGUGUGCCAAAUGCCAAAAUUCUACUGUACCAUUGUCACGGCGGGCAAGGCAAUCAGUUGUGGCGGUAUGAACCUGAGACGCAGAUGUUAAAACAGGGCAAAAAUAAUCGAUGCCUCGAUAUGAACCCGAAUAACCGAGAAGUGUUCGUGAAUCCGUGCGAACCUACUAACCCACGACAAAAAUGGCGUUGGGGUUUCAUAAAUGCGACUUCUCUUGCUCAAUGGAAUUCGUACGGCGCUAAAAUAAUCGAGUAGAUAAAACGUAUUAUAUUUUAAAACAGAACUGCUGUACAUUUGUUGCUCAGUUCUAGUUGCGAAGUAAUUAGAAAGUUUUGCAUUGGUCGGAAACUAGAAACAUUUGCUCAAAGCUGAUGCAAUUUUAAAUAAAUACUUUAUUUCUAUUCUGCCAUAAAAAAGUGCUGUAAGAUAAUAACUGUUCUAGACAUUGUACAGUUAGGACAAAUAUGAAAAACAAAAUGAUAGCGGUACUUUGUCGCUGGCCGGAUGAAAGCUCCUAUAGAUUUCAGCUGGCAAAGUAUUACUCUGCGCUUACCUAGUUGCUGAUAGGCCUAAGAGAAAAUACUGUUCUUGUAUUAAAUCUAAACAGCUUCCAUCUUUAAACAAAUAUUUGACCAUAGGCAACGUAACAAUAGAAGGAAUAGUGAAAGAUUUCAAUAUAGCGUGCGGGUAAAAUAAAACAAUAAAUAGGGAAAAAAUAAUCAGUAGAA